AUGCUCCUCCCGAGGCGUGAAGCAGCCGCGGCACAUCACUGGGCGGUCUCACGGGCUGCGGAAGAGACCCUACCCCCCCUCACACCCCCCUACUCCCCCCUUCACACCCCCCCUCACGUUCCCCUCUCCCCUCCAUCUUACCCUUUCCUCCCUCAGUACUGCCAUCCACUCCCAGCCACUCCCAGCCACUCCCAGGCACUCCUAGUCACUCCUCAUCACUCCCCACCUCUCCCCAUCUCUGCCCACUCCCUGCUUCCUAGCUCGGCCCCCUCCAGGCAGCAGGGAACCGCCAGUAGCUUUAAUUACCGGACAAAAGCAGAGCCAGCGCGGAAACAUGGCGUGUGGGGGCGUGGGAUGUUCCUUAGGUCUGCGCGCUAUGAUCCUGUACAAGUUGAUGAAGAAUUUUACACUUUCACACCUCGUGCCGGACAACUGAUGCCGAUGUCCCGACACGCGACCACCCCACCCCGACCACGGCCACGGCUCCAGCCCGCCGCGCCCCGCACCCCGACACUACCUGGAAGAAUGUAA